AUGUCUCAGAACAUGCAGCAGUGGAUGCGGGCCACAUUCUACAAGACGAAUAAGGUUCCCGGCACGGCCAGAAAACUUCUGGAGCAGCAGUUGCUCGUACUGGCCUUCGAACCGGGCCCUGCGUGGCUCUUGGAGGGUGACAAUCAGGAGGGGCAUGUUCCAUGUCCUGAUGAUGCUCAAGUGCCAGAUCGUUUGUUCCUGCACAUCGGGCAUUGCAAUUACAGUACCUGGCAUUUCGUAGGGAUGCGAAUGAAUGUUUCUGAAGAGCAUGAGGAAUUUCGUGACAUGGACUCGGGAUGCAAUGUGCUUCAGGUGGCCGUGACUCCACCUGAGUUAGCCCCGGAAGGCUACGAUCAUGGCGUUGUGAGCGACUUGGAGUUUAUGGCCAAGAUGGACUUGACACGGUCAUGGAAAGUUAAGGGCCACAUGAUUUCACUCAGCGAGAAGCAUUGGCAGCAUCUGGAUGCCUCUUCCCAGGUUGUCCCCCUCUUGGAUGUGCAGUUGUCUGAUCUGGAAGGCCAGGAUGUCUUCUGGGUUUGGCGUGGGUCUGUUUAUGAAGCCGACCAACGAUCCAGACAAGCAGCCAAGAAAACCAAGCAGCGGGGCCGUGGUGAAAAACGAAAGGCUGCUGGACCUGCAGACAAGAAGAAGGCCAAGAAGCCCAAGCCAGCAGAGCCGGCCGGUUCUGCAGAUGUGGCAGAUGAAGGUACGGCUCAGCAUGCAGCCGAAAGCCUGGACAUAGAGACCAUUGGUGAGUUGCUGGAUCCGUACGGCGAGCGUGCCCAUGGGUCAGAAGAUGAACAACCGGAUGCUCAAGAGCCGAAUGAUCCUUCUGCCGAGCUUGAUGAAAGACCGAUGGAAGUGCAUCCUGCAGGGGGAAUCGGAUCUUGGAGUGAUGAUGAGGAGGCUUGCCCGAACACUCCCGAACGUGUUCCGUCUGAAGCCAGUAUGGACGACUUCAUGGACCACUUGCUGCAGCAGGGCUCUGAGGCAGUUGAAGCAGAUGAGGAUGUGAGGCCGAAGCCCCACGAUGCAGGGGCUUCUCCUGCCGGCGAACUGGCAGCCGAAGCCGCCGAUGCACCCAAUCCGGCUCGGGGAUCUGGUGAUGAUGCAGCGACUGAGAGACCGGACCGUGCGCCGUUUAGAAAGAGUGAGUUCCAGCUCACCUGUGGCAAACUUCGGUACUAUGCCCACACGAACACACUCAUCGCGAUAUGCGACAACCCGGCGCAUGACGACUGCCGAAAAGAACGGUCGCUCCUGGCUCACCCACGUUCCAAAGGCCGUGGCACCCUGGGUGGACAAGGGCGUCCACUCGGUGCCCUCGUGCACUGGCUCAGAUCCCAGUUUGAGUAUGACACUCAUCAGAAGCACAUGAAGUGCAAAGGUAGCAAAGCUGAAAGACUGCAGGCUCGAGAGUGUUACAUCAUCUUCUUCCGCAAGGACAAAUUCGAGAAAGCCCACGUGAAGCGGUUCAAGACAUUGGUUGAGGAUAUCUUGGAUUGGCUGGCUGCCAAUCAUUCACCGAGAUCUAUGACCUCGCUGAUGCUGGAAGAGUGCAGUCCUCUUUUCGCAGAGGAGUGGCAGCAGACGUGCAAGCAGCGUCGGGGUGCACAGGCAGCAAGCCUGCAGGCACCGCAACGGUGGCAAGUGCAAAGCUCAAAGAUCCGUCAAGAGCUGGGAGUGGGCCAGAGCACACAGCUCUGGACAUCUCACCCUGACUUGAAACUGGCUGGCGUUCCUGAGAAUGCCCGGGUCAAAGAAGUACUAGACCUUGCAGUAUAUGGGUACCUGGGCAGUGAUUUGGCAUGUCAGUUGCUUGCAGGGCGUCAGGCAGCUGAUGCUGAGGCUUUGAAGUCCAUGUGCAGCGAGUUGUUCACAGACAUUUCACAAAAUCCUUAUCGGAAGACCUUCACUCGCAAGAACGGCCAUGCUCCAUGCAUGACCACUGCGACAUCUUUCUACUGCCAUAGCAGGGAUCGAAUGGUCCUUCCAGUGGAGAUGCUUUAUUUUCAAGGUCAUGACCUUCGGAUGAAGAUCCCGAGCCAGAUGCCCAGAAGUUCCCUCCAAAGCCUGGCAGGUCAAGGAAUUUGCUUGCCAGUCCUGGCAACUUUGGUGUUCUGCUUGCAGAACACAGACAGUUUGCCUGUGUAG